AUGCCCUGUAGCUCUGUAGCUCUGCAGCUCUGCCUACUCGCCCGGAACAGUAGCGCAACCCAGAUAGCUGGAUCGCAGGACCCAGACAACUGGUGGCACGUUGUGCCACGCAACGCCCGAAGUGCUGCUGUACCACUCUCGACCGCAGCUCUCGAAUCACACCCGUGGGAUGCGUCUGGAAUGCGUGCCUCGACCCAGGCCUCCUUGGACCCAACCAGAGGAGAGUCGAUCCGUUCUGAGCCAGUUGCAGCAGAGGCUUGGUCUAGCGCUAUCAACAAACAACUUGACAUCCGGCAACAUACCCAAAGAAGCUAA